GUUGACUGGCUGAGAUAUCAGCCGCUCCCUUCGUCUUUGGGGAGAAAUGAGCGCGUUUAAACUAUCCAGUGUCUGGCAGGAGGACGUCGCAAAAAACUUGUCUAAACUAUUUUCUUCGAACAAGCCUGUUGAGGGUCACCCAACGAAACCUACCUCCGAAGCAGUAAGUCUUAAGGAUGAGCAAACUGCGGUGAACCCAAAAGCUGGAAAGAUAAAUGAACAGACAUUCUCUGGGUCUGCAAAUAAAUUGUUUACAGACUUGGCAAAGGUUUUUCAGGGUUCUGUGGACAAAGAGAAGCCUUCAGCGCAGGAGGAACCAACAGCUAGUGAAGCCACUGGAUUAUUUCCGACGAGUGGUUUGAACCAACCUGAGGAAGGUCUUCGACAGAAAUUGGGAAGUUUUUUUAGUCGAACCUCAAAGCCUAAACCAGAACAAUCAUUAGCUCCACCCCAAACUGAGAGUGUCAGCAGCCCAGAUUUUAACACUGACUAUCAGAAUGGAGCUCCAAUUCCAAAUCAGAAUGAUGCUGCAGAAAAGGAGUCUCUUAGUAAGCAUAUCACAGCAGUCUUUGGCAGCAGUGCUGAGGAGAAAGGUGAGAGAACAUUAAAGGUAACCUGUCUUGAGACUCCUUCCAAACAGCAGAUAUUUGAACAAUCAGAGUUAGUUGAGCAGAAUAACUCUGAGGUUGCAAAUCAUGAAGAAAUCGAAAUUAACUCCAGCGUUUCAGCGCAAUACAAGGGAAGUGGGAGAUCAGAAGAAAAACAGAAUGGUUCUGCUCAUACCUCAGAUCCUACAGCACCUCAGACAUUAAAACAGUUCAACAGCUGUAUUCCAUUACAGAAGGACAGCAAUUCAUCUGCUUAUCGGAGAAGCUUAACCAAACCACAAGCAGGAGUUAAUGAAUGCAAAGAAAUUAAUAGUCACGUUUUGGAAGAUAGAGUCAACGGAAGAGAUAAUUUUGAGAAUGAGUACAAUAUGUCUGUUCCUCGGACCAUCACGUAUUCAACGUACUGUGGGGCGAGAAGGAUCAGAAGAAGGAGAUCACAGAGGAAACCAUUCCAACCACUAAAUCCCACAAUCUCUGAAGUAGAUGAAAGGAAUGUGACUUCACUGGUUGACCAAAAGGAAGAAGAUACUAAACAUUGUGUCCUUUUACUGACUCCGGAAAUGACCGGGAUACAAACACCAUUAGAAGAAAAUAUACCUUUAAUCAUGGGAAAUGAAUCAACGUCAACGAAUCAAUCAAAUAAUGGCAAAGGAAAUGAUGAAUCACAGCCCAGAACUGGCAGAGAGAAAUGCCCAUCAAACAGACCAGAGUUGGCCAAAGAUGAAAAAUCAGAGAAUGAAAUGCCAGUGCAGCAAAGUUCUUUUGGUGAAGUCAACAGGGACAUAGAAUUAACUGAAGCACGUCAAGAAAUAACUAAAAUAAUAACUGACUACAGCACAGUGACAGUAGGUACAAUAGAUAGCAUCCAGAAACAAACAGUACAAUCCAGUACAUCUGUAUCAAGCACAACCAGUAUACAAAAGAUGACUGGUGUCAAUCCUGAUGACGUAUCUGUGACCAGUUUAACCGUGGCACUUGAAGACUUAUAUUCAAAAGGAAGUGGUAUGCCCAAGCUGGACAUAAAAUAUUUAGUUCAGAAGGAUAAUCCAAUCAUAGAUCACAAUGAUAUGAGUCACAAAAAUGAAGACUUUGUUGACAUGACAACAGCUACUCAAACUGAUAGUUUGCCCAAAACAACUGUUAUUGUGAACGCCCAGCAAAAGUCACACACUCCAUCCAUUUCAAAGAGAAUCAAUACAAAAGGAAUUGAAUCUGAUGCACCAUGGGCACAUGGCUUUACUGUAGAUGCAGUUGGAACAUCAACAAUUCAAAAUUUCAAACCUGUCAAUUCAAAUACCCUUCCUUCCUUGGAAAAUCAACAAGCUGAUAAUACAGGCACACAAGGAAAAGGUAUUGCAUCUCAAUCAGCAGAAGAUAGGACACUGGGUCUUCCCGAAUCCAUAGUGUUUAACCAAAAUGAUGUAGAAGAACAGAACAUAGGACCUGUGAGCAAAGGUGAAAAUCAAGGCCAAUCAGUGGACAUUUCAGACAAUGUUACAGCUGAGCCAAUUUUACUCAUCUCUUUAACAGACCCAGUGAAAACAAUCCACCUGAGCAACGAUGUAGAUACACAGAAAGUAAAACUUAAUAAUAAAUAUGACAGUCAGUUGGAGUUCACUAGUGGGACUCAAACAGUUGAGCACACAACAGUGUCAGAAACUGUCACAGUGUUUGGUGAUGAAAAAAGCAUGCCUGAUGUCUGUACUAAUGUCAUGCCUAAAGAGCACAAAGAUAAGGAUAACAUUAUUGGGUUAUCCACUGGGAGUCUCACAAUAGAAACUGGAUAUGAAAUCGAGAAGCCACCAAAGAAGCAUAAUCAAACUGUGCAAAGAAGUGCAGCACCCGAUCUAACACAUGUACGUGAGGAGACAGUUUCAGAGAUACCAAAUUGGCAACUUAAUCAGAAUUCAUCCACGUUGACAACUAUUGAAAUGAUGAAUGAAGCAAACAUUGAAGAAACAGCUACAAGUGCUAAUGAAUCAACAGCCACAAAUGACAAUGGUGAGGUUUCCAAGAUACCAGGUACUACUGACUCCAAAAGUGCUACAGACACAAACCUAAGUACGUUACAAUCAAAUGGGGUUAACAGUUCUGAAUCCGCUACUGCCACUGAACACCAAGAGAUUGCAGAUUCCAGCUAUCUACACACUGAGAAAUCAUUGUACAUUCAAAAACCAGAUCAAUUGUUCAAAACCUCUUCUGUAAAUGAGUGUGAUCACACUUCAGAAUUUUUACAGGGUACUCAAGUCCCUUUGCUUGAGCCAAAGGUUCCUAGAACAACCAUGCCUUCUUUAUUGAGUGAAAGUAUAUUCUACAGAUUCUAUCAAGAAUCUACACAGUUGUUAUUAGAUUCAGACAUUCAUACCAAUUCAACAACAAAUAAUGAAAUGGUAACUAUUCCAGUUGUUAAAGAAAAUCAGUUGGCUGAAGAAAUCCAGAGAAACAAAGAAGCAUCUAAUUUUGUAGCAAUGCAGCAAGAAGCCAAUGACUCAUCGAGAGAACUGAAUAGAAAGUGUAGCCCAUCAGAAAACAGUCUGUGGUACAGAUGUUUUCAACAAAGCUCUGGCUUGUUGAACAUGGAGGAAAAUGUACAACUGAAUGUAAUGAGUGAAACAUAUUUGGAAAAUGGGCAGACCAAUGAAAUGGUACAAUUAACAAAAGCAAGUACUCACAUCACAAAUUUAGCUCAGGAAGCAGUUCAAGGUACCUUAGAGGGAGAUGCACUGAGUAAUUCCAGAAUGACCAAUUCUCAUGAGAAGAAUGAAGAAAUGGCAAAGAAUAUCACAACCCAUGACAACGAGAAUUCAAAUUCAGCACAUUCACAUAAACCAGAAAACAAAGAAACUGUUUUAAAAAUCAAAGAAGAUAGAGAGGAAAAUAUCAUUUUACAGUCAGGAGCAGACCUGAUGAAAGCAAUGUGUGCAUUUGAUGCAUCCCAGUUACAUCCAGAUGAAAGAGUACUAACUGAAGACAGUGUUGAAACUUUGGAAGGAAAGGCAAAAGAAAUAAAGGCGAGAAUGGUAUCCUCAGCUGUACAAUUAAUACCACAUACCGAAACAGGUAGCUUAACUAACCAACUGGGUGCUACUAAUAUAAAAAUGGGUCAAGAAUUAAUACAAAAUGCUGGACUCAAGAAUGGUAUGAGCAAUAUUGACUUCAAUGAAUGCAGGAAUGAAUUAACAAUCAACAACACAAAUGAAGGUGAACUUGAAGAAUUAACGAAGAUAAGGCAGGAGAGAUUAAAGGAGUUACCAGAGGAGCCUGUACAGAUUCCUGAAGGAGAGAGUAAAGACUCGCAUCUGGUAACACCUGAAGAUGUUUCUGAAUAUGGUCCUUCAAUCCUCAGCGCUGAUGGGGAAAGUGCUUCAAUAAUGGUUGAAUCACAUGAGAUAGAUAACAGUACAGUACCGUUAUUGCCAGUGGACACUGACACUGCACUGGUACACCCUGUUAAAGAUAUAAUAAACCAGGAGGGAGGAACGGGGCUCUUAAAUCUUAUCACAACAGGAUAUGAAACUGGCAUCACAGAAUCCACACAUAAAACAAUUGAAAUCAAUGUGAGUGAUCAUCCAAUAAGUGAAAUGGAUCCUGCAACGGAAACAGGGCAGGGAUCUGAGCUCAGAAACAUUGUAGAUGUUGCAAAAGAUUCCUUAUCAACAGCGCCUUUGGAAAUAAUUAGAACAGACAAUGAAAACUUUGAACCCUUGGCCCAGGAACCUUCUGGAACAGCAGCAGAGCAGUGUAAUAUUACGGAUCGAAUACAGAGUGCUGGUGUAUUAAAGACCAAAUCUGCCACUUCUACCCAAUCAAAUGUUUCCCAGGAAAGUGCAAUGUCUGGUUUUAAGACAGGUAUAGCAACUCCAGAAGCAACCAGUUUCCAGCCAGAUUCUGGCCAGUCUGAAGUAAGCCAGGACAGUGGGUCAGCUGACCAAGCAGACGCCAUGAACCAAAACACAACAUUGAAAGAAGAUGGAAUUGAAACACCUUCUAAAAUGCUGACAAGCUCCAACAGCUUGGAGUUUGAUUCAGUUAGAUCCCUGAAUGAAAUGGCAAAAAGAAAAAUACAGAAAAUUCAGCUUUCAUCUGUAGAGGAAUUUAAAAUCAUUCAGGGUCCUGAUGCUGUACAGUUGCCACCAUCAGAAUCAGGAAUAGUUUGUGAAAGUGACACGGCUCUACCAUCAGAAAUAAACUCUGCUGUAGAUCCAGGGUCUUUCACAGAGCAAGUGACACCACACGCCCAAACAAGUAGCAUUGGAAGCAAAGAGAAUGUCAUUACUGCAGAAACAGGACCAGAUUUCGUUGACAAUAUGAGGCUAAUGGAUAAGGCUAAAGGUAUUGACUUAAAUCAGAGCACAAUUCCUUUCAGAAUGAACAAUUCAAUUAUCCAAGAAGCAGGAAAAUUAAAGAAGACCCUAGAUGUUAAGGAUGAGAGAUUAAAGGUGGUGGUAGACUCAGACAUACCAGAGGAGUCUGAAAAUAAUUCUGUAGAGAUCCCUGAAGGAGAGAGUAAAGACUCGCAUCUGGUAACACUUAAAGAUGUUUCUGAAUAUGGUCCUUCGAUCCACAGCGCUGAUGGGGAAAGUGCUUCAAUAAUGGUUGAAUCACAUGAGAAAGAUAUCAGUACAGUUCCCUUAUUGCCAGAGGACACUGACACUGCACUUGUACACACUGUUAAAGAUAUAAUAACCCAGGAGGGAGGAACGGGGCUCUUAAAUCUUAUCACAACAGGAUAUGAAACUGGCAUCACAGAAUCCACACAUAAAACAAUUGAAAUCAAUGUGAGUGAUCAUCCAAUAAGUGAAAUGGAUCCUGCAACGGAAACAGGGCAGGGAUCUGAGCUCAGAAACAUUGUAGAUGUUGCAAAAGAUUCCUUAUCAACAGCGCCUUUGGAAAUAAUUAGAACAGACAAUGAAAACUUUGAACCCUUGGCCCAGGAACCUUCUGGAACAGCAGCAGAGCAGUGUAAUAUUACGGAUCGAAUACAGAGUGCUGGUGUAUUAAAGACCAAAUCUGCCACUUCUACCCAAUCAAAUGUUUCCCAGGAAAGUGCAAUGUCUGGUUUUAAGACAGGUAUAGCAACUCCAGAAGCAACCAGUUUCCAGCCAGAUUCUGGCCAGUCUGAAGUAAGCCAGGACAGUGGGUCAGCUGACCAAGCAGACGCCAUGAACCAAAAUACAACAUUGAAAGAAGAUGGAAUUGAAACACCUUCUAAAAUGCUGACAAGCUCCAACAGCUUGGAGUUUGAUUCAGUUAGAUCCCUGAAUGAAAUGGCAAAAAGAAAAAUACAGAAAAUUCAGCUUUCAUCUGUAGAGGAAUUUAAAAUCAUUCAGGGUCCUGAUGCUGUACAGUUGCCACCAUCAGAAUCAGGAAUAGUUUGUGAAAGUGACACGGCUCUACCAUCAGAAAUAAACUCUGCUGUAGAUCCAGGGUCUUUCACAGAGCAAGUGACACCACACGCCCAAACAAGUAGCAUUGGAAGCAAACAGAAUGUCAUUACUGCAGAAACAGGACCAGAUUUCGUUGACAAUAUGAGGCUAAUGGAUAAGGCUAAAGGUAUUGACUUAAAUCAGAGCACAAUUCCUUUCAGAAUGAACAAUUCAAUUAUCCAAGAAGCAGGAAAAUUAAAGAAGACCCUAGAUGUUAAGGAUGAGAGAUUAAAGGUGGUGGUAGACUCAGACAUACCAGAGGAGUCUGAAAAUAAUUCUGUAGAGAUCCCUGAAGGAGAGAGUAAAGACUCGCAUCUGGUAACACUUAAAGAUGUUUCUGAAUAUGGUCCUUCGAUCCACAGCGCUGAUGGGGAAAGUGCUUCAAUAAUGGUUGAAUCACAUGAGAAAGAUAUCAGUACAGUUCCCUUAUUGCCAGAGGACACUGACACUGCACUUGUACACACUGUUAAAGAUAUAAUAACCCAGGAGGGAGGAACGGGGCUCUUAAAUCUUAUCACAACAGGAUAUGAAACUGGCAUCACAGAAUCCACACAUAAAACAAUUGAAAUCAAUGUGAGUGAUCAUCCAAUAAGUGAAAUGGAUCCUGCAACGGAAACAGGGCAGGGAUCUGAGCUCAGAAACAUUGUAGAUGUUGCAAAAGAUUCCUUAUCAACAGCGCCUUUGGAAAUAAUUAGAACAGACAAUGAAAACUUUGAACCCUUGGCCCAGGAACCUUCUGGAACAGCAGCAGAGCAGUGUAAUAUUACGGAUCGAAUACAGAGUGCUGGUGUAUUAAAGACCAAAUCUGCCACUUCUACCCAAUCAAAUGUUUCCCAGGAAAGUGCAAUGUCUGGUUUUAAGACAGGUAUAGCAACUCCAGAAGCAACCAGUUUCCAGCCAGAUUCUGGCCAGUCUGAAGUAAGCCAGGACAGUGGGUCAGCUGACCAAGCAGACGCCAUGAACCAAAACACAACAUUGAAAGAAGAUGGAAUUGAAACACCUUCUAAAAUGCUGACAAGCUCCAACAGCUUGGAGUUUGAUUCAGUUAGAUCCCUGAAUGAAAUGGCAAAAAGAAAAAUACAGAAAAUUCAGCUUUCAUCUGUAGAGGAAUUUAAAAUCAUUCAGGGUCCUGAUGCUGUACAGUUGCCACCAUCAGAAUCAGGAACAGUUUGUGAAAGUGACACGGCUCUACCAUCAGAAAUAAACUCUGCUGUAGAUCCAGGGUCUUUCACAGAGCAAGUGACACCACACGCCCAAACAAGUAGCAUUGGAAGCAAAGAGAAUGUCAUUACUGCAGAAACAGGACCAGAUUUCGUUGACAAUAUGAGGCUAAUGGAUAAGGCUAAAGGUAUUGACUUAAAUCAGAGCACAAUUCCUUUCAGAAUGAACAAUUCAAUUAUCCAAGAAGCAGGAAAAUUAAAGAAGACCCUAGAUGUUAAGGAUGAGAGAUUAAAGGUGGUGGUAGACUCAGACAUACCAGAGGAGUCUGAAAAUAAUUCUGUAGAGACCCCUGAAGGAGAGAGUAAAGACUCGCAUCUGGUAACACCUGAAGAUGUUUCUGAAUAUGGUCCUUCAAUCCACAGCGCUGAUGGGGAAAGUGCUUCAAUAAUGGUUGAAUCACAUGAGAAAGAUAUCAGUACAGUUCCCUUAUUGCCAGAGGACACUGACACUGCACUUGUACACACUGUUAAAGAUAUAAUAACCCAGGAGGGAGGAACAGGCCUCUUAAAUCUUAUCACAACAGGAUAUGAAACUGGCAUUGCAGAAUCCACACAUAAAACAAUUGAAAUCAAUGUGAGUGAUCAUCCAAUAAAUGAAAUGGAUCCUGCAAAAGAUUCCUUGACAGAAGCUCCUUCAGAAAGAUUUAGAACAGACAACCAAGUCGCUGUACCCAUGACCCAGGAGCCUUCUGCCAGAAAAAUAGAUCAGGGUGAAUUUGCUGAUCCACUGCCGAGCCUUUCUGCUUUGUUUAAAGCUACAUCUGUCAUCGAAACUGAAUCACAUGGUGUUCCAGAACUUUUAAUGUCUGACUCUGAGAAAAGUAAAUCCAGUCAGUCUGCUAAUCCAAGUUAUUUCAUUAACGCAAGUUUGAAAACUAUGGCGGAGGACGAUACAAGAAUUUCUGAUCCACAGAACAUCGUGGGUAACUUGUUUGCAGGAGAACAAAAUGGUCAAGUGUCAAAAGGCAUAGAAAUAAUUGACAAUCAUCUGAAUAAUGAGAAAGAAAUGGACCUGGAAUUUUUAGAACAGGAAGCAUUGGUCCCAGACACAUCAUUGGGCCACAGUUUUAUGAGUUGGAAAUAUUUUGGGUCUGGUUUACCACCAAUAUAUGAAGAACAGGAGGCAGAAAAUGAAGCAGCAGGAGAUGUGUACAGUAUCACCCAUUCACAAACUUUGAUAACACACCACGAUUCUAAUGACCCCGUUACAUCUGUACCUGAACCUACUACAGAAGCGUCUUCGCUCUUUGUGCAAAGACAAAACCUAGUUCAAGAAGCUGAGGAAGAGGAACAAAAUCUAACCAGUCCCGUUCCAGCAGUAGAAGUGAGCACAAGCCCCUCCGAUGACAACUUGAACAAAUCUACUGCAAUGUCUCUGGAGAUGAAUGAAAAUCAAGAACUCUCUUCACAGUUUCAGACAGAAACAUGUGUGGUUGAUUCAAAAACAUCCCAUGGUGCUAGGUCUUCUGCAGCAGAAUGUAGUGUAUUCUACAGAUAUUUUCAGUCAUCUAGGAAUUUCUUACCAAAUAUUGAAGAAGCAUCACUAGCAAGUACUUGUGAAAUAUUGACUGAUUCGCAACAUAAACUAAAUCAAGACUCCAAGCUGUUAAAAUGUUCAUCAGAUUCAAAGGAUCUUGUUGGGAACAAAAGUUUGAAAAUCAACCCAAGACCAGGGAAGGUGGUUAUUCAUGAUAAAUUAAACUUUCAUGGAAAUAAACAUGAAAUCUUCACCGAUGUGCCUGAUGCGACAAGCUGGACUUUUUCUGAAGGAGUCACAUUAAGGGUUGUCAGAGGAUGUUGGAUAUUGUAUGAAAAACCUGAAUUUCAAGGCCAAACAUAUGUACUGGAAGAAGGACACAGAGAGUUAGAUGAACUCUGGGUUGACAAGAGCUUGCAGAUGAAACCCUCUGCUGUAAAAAUUGUGAUUGGUUCCAUAAAAAGGAUUGUAAAGAAUCACUGCAUUCCAGAGAUUGUAAUCUUCCAAGAAACUCAGCAAAAUGAAAUUAAAGUGUACUUGCACAAUGAAGUCACCUGCUUAGAGGAAUUUGGAAUAACACCCACUGUAUCAUCUAUUGUUAUCAAUUCAGGAAUUUGGCUUGCUUAUUAUAAGCCAAAUUUUGAUGGCCACUAUGCUCUACUAGAAGCCAGUCAUAGUUCAGCUCCACCAUCAACUGAAGUAAUGUCGAACAAUGUCAAGUCAUUACGGCCUCUGGAAAUGGGCGGAUUGAAAGUGGAAAGGCCUAUGGCUCCAAAGGUUAUCAUAUUUGAAAAAUCAUUCUUUAAUGGACAUUCCAAGGAAAUUUGCAAAGAUGCGUCAAAUUUGAAAACACUUUGGGAGGAUGUUGCUGACCUAAAUGUUAAUGACAUUAAAGGAGUAGGUUCAAUACGAGUGCUUGGUGGAGUGUGGGUUUGUUAUGAAAAAGAAUGUUACAGUGGACGCCAGUACCUACUGGAGGAAGGAGAGUAUGAGGACUGGCAGGCAUGGGGUGGAUUUGACAGUACAGUACAAUCCAUGCGAUAUAUUCAGGCAGAUUAUAUAAAGCCUGAAAUCACUUUAUUUGUGGAAGCAAAUUUAAAGGGUGACAAUACUGUUUUUUUUAAUCAUGAUAUUCCAAACUUGGAAAAUAUAGGACAUGGAACUGUGACUCAAUCAAUUGAAGUAAAAAAUGGAGUAUGGGUGGUGUAUCACGAAGAACGUUACUGUGGAGAGCAGUACAUUCUAGAAAAGGGUGUAUAUAGAAACUACACUGACUGGGGAGGAAAUGACAGCUGUAUCAUGUCAUUACGCCCAAUACAACUGGAACCUGUUGGAGAGAAGAAAGUGCAGUUUCAGCUCCAAGCAUACAAAGGAGUGGACUUUCAGGGAGAAAGUGUUGAAUUUGUAACUGAAAUACCCAGUUUACCAAAUUUACAACUAAAUUCAUUUAAAGUUCUUCAAGGAUGCUGGGUCUUGUACGAUGAAAAAGAGUACAGGGGCCACCAAUACGUGUUGGAGGAAGGACAGUACCCAGACCUUGAAUCUUUGGGAUGUCUGUCAGCCAAACCAAUUCAAUCUCUGAAGCCCAUCAGAAAUGAUUUUUCUAUGCCUUCCAUCAGCUUAUUUAGCCUUUAUUCAUUUGAAGGUCAAGAGCUGAUUCUUACAGGAGGCAGUAAUUACUGGAAGGACAAAGGUUUUUACCAAAUGCCAAAAUCAGUCAAGGUGAACAGUGGAAUAUGGGUAGCCUAUGACCAUGCCAACUUCAGAGGAAGACAAUUUCUCUUGGAAUGCUCUGAAAUCACUGAUUGGAAUGAAUUCAGCAAAGGAAGGGCAAUCGGUUCACUUCAUCCACUUGAACAUCCAAGAGUCUACUUCCAAAUCAAAAACAAAGCCACUGGAGGGUUUGUCACCGUUGUUGGAGAUUCUGAAGACCCAAGGGGAUCUAAAUUAUCUGUUUGUCCUUACAAUGGUAAACCUACACAGAUGUGGUUUUAUUGUAAUGGGCUUAUUCAAUCCAAGGCAAACUAUGCGUGCAUAGAUGCCAUUGGUAGUCAAGGAAAGGCUGGAACCAAAGUAAAUCUUUGGACAGAGCAUAACCGCACUCAUCAAAAAUGGAACAUUAAUAGAGAUGGAACAAUUUCUUCUUUUCUAGAUUUUAAUCUGCGACUAGAUAUUAAAGGUGGCGAUUUCUAUGAUAAGCACAACAUCAUCUUAAACUCACCGGAGGAACAACGACAGACACAGUUCUGGGAUAUUGAAGUGAUUUGAUGAGAAAAAUAAAAAGGAAAAAUCUGAAAUAUCAAUUCUAAGCCGACCUAUGAAAACUGAUAACAAUCAUAUUUACAUAUGUUUAUUGCUCAAUAAGAAUCUAGCAGUUAGGAAUUAGAAUUUUAGUAAAUGAAAAACAUAUGAAACUCUGUUAUUCACCAUGUUGCAACUUGCUAUAUCUAACCAGCAGGAGGUUUCAUGAUUGUUCCCACGAGUCUAGUGUAAUUUAGAACUUCAUUACUUUGAAACACUUUAAAUAAAGCCAGUGCAACCAAAGUGCCAAAACAAAUGAAAUAGACUUAAAAAUACACAACUCAAUGUGUGAGCACUAAAAAAUAUUUCACUAUUUUUAAAGAUAUAUCCAUGAACACUUGUUUGUUUUAAUAUUAACACAAUCACAACUUAAAAUAUUGAACCUUAUAACUUCAAGGCGAUUUGUAAUAACUUUUUAAAAAAAUAUUGUAAAUAAGUUGCCUUGUAUAUUAACAUUUUUGUUAGAUUAAA